AGUCAACAGGUGAGUGUCAAUCACUUUCUCGCGCUGAUCAUGGCGCUGACCUUGGUGCUGAUCUCAUUAAUAUCCGCUCUUGUCACCCCAUCACGUAGCUCAUGUCACCUCUGGAGGGUGAAGGAGCACUGUUCAAUUAGGUUUACCAACAUCUCGAAACACAUAACACGAUUCACUCGACUGGCUUCAUAAUAUUUGCUGGCUGCUAGGCUAUAUUAUCAGUUCUCAAAAAGGGAAGUUUUACCUCCCCCUGUUGGCGUGCCCGGACUUUGCAGGUGCGCAGCGACGGAUAGUGUUGACUGCUGUCCCCUCGCCUCUUGCCCAUUUUAGUCAAUGCCUGUCAGCUCGCUGGAAUGUGCGACUCACAUUGUGCAGUCCCCCAGCUCGCGAGGACCUUACAUUUAUAGCUCCUCAAUACUUGUCCAUUGUUUUCUAUUCGUGAUCGAUUGUUGUCAGAUUGGUGAGGAUCAGGAUGUCUACCUCUCCAGAGAUGACCAGUAGCCUGUUCUACACCACCCUGGCCCCCCUGCGGUCGGCAGUCCCUGGGUCUGUACCCGGGGCUGGAGGUGGAGGUCUGGUGAUGACCACCAUGGAGCCCAACGUAACCUCCUGUGAGGAGUGGGAGGAGGCCCACCACCUGCUGUUCCACCUGGGGAACCUGUCUCUCCUCCUGGGCCUUGUCAUCCCCACCACCCUGACCCUGCACAUGAUCCUGCUGCGCCUCAUGCUGAUGACAGGAAGCUGUCUGUUCAUCACCUGGGCAACGCUGUACCGGUGUAAUCUGGAUGUCAUGGUGUGGAACGUGGUCUUCCUGCUGGUCAACUUCAUGCACUUCUUCUACCUGGUCUACAAACGCAGACCUAUUAAGAUUGACAGGGAGCUGAAGUCAGUGUACAAGCGGAUGUUUGAGCCUCUUCACGUGCGCGAGGCCCUGUUCCAGAGACUGACGGGCCAAUUCUGCACCAUCCAGAGCCUGAAGAAGGGACAGGUGUAUGCUGCCGAGGACAAGACCUCUGUGGAUGAGCGCCUCAGUAUCCUCCUUAAAGGAAAAAUGAAGGUGUCAUAUCGAGGUCAUUUCCUCCAUAACAUCUACACGAACGCCUUCAUCGACUCCCCUGAGUUCAGAUCAACCCAGAUGAACAGAGGAGAAAAAUUCCAGGUGACCAUCAUGGCGGAGGAGAACUGUAAGUUCCUGUGUUGGUCCAGAGAGAGGCUCACCUACUUCCUGGAGUCUGACUCCUUCCUGAACGAGGUGUUCAGGUACCUCAUUGGCAAAGACAUCACCAACAAGCUGUACUCGCUCAACGACCCCACUCUCAGUGACAAGGCAGCGAAGAAGAUGGAGCGUCAGCCCAGCCUGUGCUCCCAGGUCUCUAUGAUGCAGAUGAGGAACAGCAUGGGCAGCACCAGUGACACCGAUGACAUCCUGAACCAGAUCCACCGUGGAGGCUCCAGUGGAUCUUCACAUCAAAAAUCUCCUGGCUCCAAGACAUCCAAAACGAUGAAGCCCAUUGAAGAACAAAUGGAAGAUGACGUCUUUAUAGAGUCUGAGCCAGACACUCCUGUUAAGAAACGCCACACCCACUCGACAUCCAUAGAGGUGUAAGAUGUGACAUUAUCCUACAACAGUGCUGACCACCCACCUAUAUUGUAAUCUGAUACAGACCCUGGUUAGUUAUGGUAGAAUAACUUAAACAAUAGCUUGAAAAAGGCUUUUACAUUAUCAAAAUAUCUAUCUACAUGUAUCUAGAAAACGGAACUGCACAUUUUGGCAUCUCACUUUGUCUUGUAGUGUUUGGUAUUAUUGUGAGUUUGUAGCUGGUGUACUUUUUAAAUCCUGUUUGAUUGGAUGUUGUACAAUGCCUUUGCUGUUCAUUCCUACACAGUGAGUGUUCAAAAAAGUAUUAAGUGUCACAACCAAAACAUUUUAUUGUAAGCACAACCUCUGAGGAAGGUUUCUUUUAAAUAUUUUACUCAUUGUGUGACAUAUUGUAUGAUAAAUUCUCUUAUUUAUACACUGA